CAUUUUCAUCUCCCUGUUAACCUUCCCCUCUCAUUCCUUCUCCACAAACACGUCUUACUCUUCUUCCUCCGAAAACCCUAAUUCCUCUUCUAAACCCUAAUUUCUUCCAACUUCCAAGAAUUCGAUCUCAAAUAUCACCCCCUUCUCCAUUUUUGGUUUCUACUGUGUCGCGAGUUUCAACUUUCGUCGCUUGCUUUGCUUUUAUGGAGGAAACUUGAUUUCUAAAAAUAUUAUUGUUUUGAGGCGAAAAACUUUGGAUUCUCUGAUGGAUGCCAAGGAUAUAUUAGGAUUGCCUAAGAAUGCAUUGCCCAUACAGGAGAAGAAGUCGAAGCCUCCCAAAGAAUCUCAGAGGAAACCUGAUGGAAUUUCGCGCGAGGUGUACGCCCUUACAGGUGGAUUGGCGCCUCUGAUGCCGGCGGUUGAUGUGAAUCAGUUAAAACGGAAAGCGCAAUCCGACAAUGAGAAGAUCACUUGGCAAUGGCUUCCUUUUACAAAUUCUGCAAGGAAAGAUAGCCUGCAGCUUUACCAUUGGGUCCGAGUUGUAAAUGGCAUUCCACCAACCGGUGACUAUUCAUUUGCAAAGUACAACAAAUCUGUUGAUGUGCUCAAGUACACAGAUGAGGAGUACGAGAAGUAUUUGACUGAUCCUGCAUGGACCAAGGAAGAGACAGAUCAAUUAUUUGAUUUGUGUGAACGGUUUGAUCUCCGCUUCAUUGUGGUAGCUGACCGUUUCCCGUCAUCAAAAACUGUGGAGGAGCUUAAGGAUCGUUAUUAUAGUGUGUCUCGAGCUAUCUUGAUUGCUAGGGCUCUAUCUCCUGGCGAUGUCGCCACGCAUCCACUUGUGAAGGAGACCUAUAAUGCUUCUCAAGAAACAGAGAGGAAGCGUGCAUUGAACCUGCUGCUCUCUCAUACAAAGCAGCAAGAGCGCAAGGAUGUUGAGGUUCUUGCUCAAGCAAAGAAAAUAUCUGAGGCACGGAAGGCUAGUAAGGCUUCUGAAGAGUCGGAGUUGCCAGUCUUAUCAGAUAUUGGAUCACUAGGUGCUGAUAAGGCUACUGCUGAUACUGUCAAUCCUUCUACAAAUUCUCAGAUUCCCAGUUCUUCUAUCACAGCUCCAGUGUCAGAAACUGCUUCAGUUAUUGCUUCUCUUCGCAUGCUACGAGUUUACUUGCGCUCAUAUGCACUUGAGCAAAUGGUGCAAGCUGCAAGUUCAUCAGCGGGACUUCGGACUAUCAAACGAGUUGAGCAGACUUUACAAGAUCUUGGGGUGAAUUUAAAACCAAAGGUUCCCACAAAAGCUGUGUGUGCUGAGCAUCUUGAAUUAAGAAAAGAGAUACUGACACUUUUGAAUCUUCAGAAGCAGCUGCAAUACAAGGAGGCAGAGGGUUCAUCAUUUCGUGAGGGUUCAUAUACUGAAACUCCUGGUACACCUCCCAAGCAGCAGUCACUGCGAGCUGCGGAUCUUGAUCGGACUUUUACCCCUGAUUCAUUAAGCAUUGGAGGGGAAAGAUUUGGCAAAAGGGAACAGAAGCGCAAGGGCCCGGCUCCAUCAUCACCUGCUCAGUCUAAAAGGCCACGGAAGUAUAAGGCUUCAGAUUAAAUGUAAUAGAUAUUUCUUCUCCUUGUUUUUAUCCAUACACAAGUAGCUAGAGAUUUUAAAUGGAUUCUGUUAUGGCUUUGUCAGCCAGCUGAACUUGUGCACUGCAAGUUGCACAUUUAAUGAGCUCUAGUGGAGGACUGUGUUUGAGCUUCUAAAGCUGGCUUUCUUGGUUAUGGAGGAGUUGCAUAAUAUCUAUAUCAAGAAGCAGAACUGCAAGGCUAAGAAGGAUUGACAGAAAUUUGGGAGUAGAUGAUUGUGUUAGAGAAUGCUCACGUAUUUAUCUUAUGUAAAGGCCUUUAUUCCUCUGUAGUCCUUAGCUCUUAUGUUGUAAAAAAUACAAAUCCACCAUUGUAUGUUAUGUUGUUAAAUUCAAUUUCUAGGAUCUCUGAUUAGAAAUUUUAGUGCUGUCUUAUCCAUACGGUUAUGCAACAAUUGGAAAGGAUAUAGUGUUUCAUGAAUUAACA